AUGCGCCUCGCCGCGCGGGGUUCCGUCGGCGUCGCGUCCCUGGCGCGCGCGUGGGCGAGGCGACACGCGGCGCCCGCGGCCCUCCUCCACCACCGCCCGCCGCCGCCGCCGCGUCGUCGUCAUCACCACGCGCGCUGGCGCUCGUCCGUCAGCGCGGCGGGCGCGUCCGGCGGCGCCGCGGCGGACGCGCCUCCGUCCUCCUCCUCAUCCUCCUUCGAGGUCGUCGCGCCGAUCGACGUCCCGAAGCCCACUCCCGCGCGCCUCGACGCGUACAUCGCGACGCACGCGCCGCCGUCCGAGGGCGGCGGCGGCAUCACGCGCGCGCGCGUCGUCGCAUCCAUCAAGGCUGGACUCGUUGACGUCAACGGCGUCGUCGCGCGGAAGGCGUCGGAGCGCGUCUCCCCCGGUGACGUCAUCCGCGUCGCGCUGAAACCGACGCCCCCGACGGAGGCGGCGCCGGAGGACAUCCCGCUGGACGUGAAGUACGAGGACGAGCACGUGCUCGUGGUGAACAAGCCGGCUGGGAUGGUCGUGCACCCGGCGCCGGGGCACUCGAGCGGGACGCUCGUCAACGCGGUGUUGUUUCGAUGCGGCUGCCCCGCGAUGCGCGUCGCCAGCGGGAACGCAAACACCGCGGACGGCGUCGCGCGCCCCGGGAUCGUCCACCGCCUCGACAAGGGCACGAGCGGGCUCAUCGUCGUCGCGAAGAACGAAGCCGCGCACGCGUCGCUGUGCGAGCAGUUCGCGACGCGCGUCGUGCGACGCCGCUACCUCGCCAUCUGCCUCGGGUCGCCAGAGCAGGGCGAGGGACGCGUCGACGCGCCCAUCGGGCGGGACCCGAGGGACCGGCUGAAGAUGGCCGUCGUCAGGCGCAGCCGAGGCGGGAGACGCGCGGCGAGCAACUACAAGGUUCGAGCGUCGCUCGCGCGCGGGAACGCGUCGCUCGUGGAGUGGCGGCUCGAGACGGGGCGGACACACCAGAUACGCGUCCACGCGCGAGAGAUCGGGAUCCCGAUCUUAGGAGACGAGACGUACGGCGGCGCCGGGAACGGCGCGGAGGAGAGGCUGCGGUCGAAGGGCGCGAUGACGCCGGCGGAGGCGAAGCGCGUCGCGAAGAUAUCGCGUCGGCCGAUGCUGCACGCGCAGACGCUGGGGUUCAGACAUCCGCGCACGGGGGAGGAGAUGGACUUCAAGGCGGAGCCGCCGGAGGAUUUCGCGGAGGUGUUCGAAGCGCUGCGCGACGCGAGCGCGUGAUCACUAAUUACAGUCACAAGAAUUAAUAAGUU